AUGGCAGAAGUUUUAGGGAUCGUAGCAGGUGGCGCCGGUCUCGCGUCUCUCGCCAUACAAAUCCUCGAUGAUGUUCAGAAGAUCAGGGAACUAUACAAUGCAAUCCGAGAUGCGCCAUCCGAAUUCCAAUCACUCCUGGAUGAGAUCCAGCUGCUCUCCAUGGUCGUGUCUUUGUUUGCAAGAGAGAGUGCACAACUAAAGUCUGAUCAUGAGAUUGCUGUAGCUCAAAGCCAAAUCGUUCGACACUGUCAAGGCAUUCACGAUGAGCUGAGGCCCAUCCUCGCACAACUAACGAAUUCGCUUGUUAGCCGUAAGCGAUCGGUCUCAUGGAUCUCCGUGAAAUCUGUUUUCCAGAGAAGGAAAAUCGAUCAGAUGCUGAUGAAGCUGGAACGUGCCAAAUCGACCCUAGUGCUUGCCCGACUCCUUAACAUUACCCAUUCCCCGCCCCCUAAGCAAUCCUGCGAGCACACAGUGGCUACUCCAUCACCAUUCCAAAAACCGAACAUCUGUCGUCUAAACAGCGAUGUCAAGUCCAUGCCAGCUAUAAGUCGUUCAUCAUAUUCUCUGGGACUGGGCAGAUUGACAGUUAGCCACGGAAAACCUCGGUCAGACGAGGAAGGCGACGCUGUGACUGCCCGAUUUGCAUUCGCGCCGUGGGUACUCGACUGGGCCAUCACCACCACGUUCCGAAAACACAAUGGCAUCCUCAAUAUAUCACUCCAGCCAAAGUGCUUGGGAAAGCAUCGCCUUCCGACACCACUUUGGGAUGGCACCACCCCUUUGGCUGUUCUAAUCAUAUACAAGGUUGCCGCGGCAUGGCGUCAGCCUGAGAUCUGCAGGAAGCUGAUUGACCUAGGAGCAGAUAUAUCAGCCCUCCUAGAUGAGGAGGAUGAGUACAUCGACAGAACUCGGUACUGGAACCCCUUAACACUCGCUUGUAAAUCAAGAUUGCCCAGGAGUAUUAUAGAAGGUCUAUGCCGAGAUCAGACUGGCUUGGCUGAGAUCUAUACGAAUCGACGGUUCAAUGUGAAUAACCAGCGUGACACCCUACGUGUGUUGGUGGAAGAUGGAAACGCAGAGAUCGAACAGCCCGCGGGCAGAUUCGGAUUAGUACCUCAUUAUACAGCAUUGCAUUGGUUCUCCGGCCCUCUGGACACUUUCUGCUGGCUUUCUGCAGAAGAUAAAAUCACUCUGAUCGGUGCUGACUUGCAAGAAUUCUAUCUGUCUGUUGCCAUUAUAAAUCCUAUCCAGGGGGUGGAGUUUUUUAAGGCUGCAGUGAGCAAGCAUUUGAGCCUUCGCCAACUUGACUCAGCACACUGGUUCCAUAUGAGGUUUCCGGAGAGCUUUGUCUUCCGAGUUGUGUACGAAAAACUCACUGAGGACGAGCAGCAGGACUUAGUUGAUACCAUGAGACUGAGCUUGAAUGCAGGCAUCGACUUUCAUAAUUCAGGUUGUCCUGUGCACACUCCACUCACUGCUCGGUUUCAUCAUUCCAUCGAUUGGUACAUCCGAUAUGAGUUGAGCGGAGUCAUUGAUUGCUCUAGUUGGUCGUUUUCAUCUAUCGCGGCUCCCUACACAAAAAGGUUGAAGCGCUGGGCCGACCUUUUAGAGCAAGCGGGACAAGACUUGGACGAGUAUGUGAGAGUUGACAAGGAGCGUGGUCUGAACAAGUGGAUUCAAUGCCGAACUGGGUUGCUUGAUAGAAGCAACGAUGACUACCUCGCCAAUCUAAUGGUUUUAGUCAGGGUUUUCCUCGGAGUAAACAGCAAGGAAGAGAGAUUGAGAAUCCGAGUGGUGUAUGCUACAAAGAAGCGCUGUAUAAGCAUACCAGGAGAAUGGGUCCAAGAGCAGUCGCACGAGGAGUCAUCCUCCGAAGACGAUGAGGGUUGGACGUUUCACUACCCCUCUGUGGAUGACGAUAUAUCUGAAUAUGACUAUGAUGAGGAUGAGAAUGACAGUGAGAGUGAGAGUGAGAGUGAGAGUAAAAGUGAGGAUGACGACGACGACGACGACGACCGGGGCGGCACAGAAAGAUCCCAGCUCAGAACCGAUGGUGAGGAACUCGUGAUCCGAACAGCCGCCUCAUAA